GAAGACAUGCACUCUUCAAAGUCUCAACAUGCCUGCUGCCUGCCGCUACGUCUGCUUAUUGUCCAUUGUCUUUCCCCUGCUCAUAUGUUUCGUGGGUUUAAGUACUGGCACUACAGUAUAUGGCACUGUAGGAGAGAAUGUCACCCUUCCAUGUUACUACAAUUCACAUUAUCAUGGCCUAAUAAGUAUAUGCUGGGGAACAGGCGAUAUACCGAAUAUGGGAUGUAAUAACAAUAUUUUGACAACUGAUGGGCAUAGAGUAAUUUCUAGAGUAUCUGACAGAUACCAAUUAAUGGGCAAUGUAACAACAGGGAAUGUUUCUCUGACUAUCAAUGAUCCAAUGCAAAUAGAUUCUGGGAAAUAUUUCUGCCGCAUACACAUUCCUGGAUGGUUCAAUGAUGAAAAGUAUUUGAUCCGCCUUCUCAUCACCAAAACACCUAAUCCGUCAUUUCAAAGCGUCACAUCAGAACUCUCCAUCACCGAAUCUCACACCAAAGUUCACCAGUACACCACCCCAAUUGGACCCACUGGCACAACACCACAGCACAGUGAAAUUGAAGGACAAGGGGUUUCUCAUCACCCAGGAGUGCUGGUGGCUGCUGUCGUGUUGAUUGUUGUGGUGGUGGUGGUGGUGACUAUGGUGGCUGUAUAUCUGAUGAGAAAUCGAUGGAAAAAAAUGGAUUCAAAUGUUCCGAUAAACCAGGCCUCUGACCCCUCAGUAAUCUACAGCAACACUGGAAGCAGUCUGGGACUCUUCUCCAGGGAAAUGGCAAUAGAGAAUGUCUAUCAACUGGAUGACUCGGAUGUCUAUGAGCCAUGCCUCUAAGACAAGUUGGCAACAUAAUCAAUGAAGAUGUGUUUUAAAUAUGUCAAUCAUUUAUUCACACUUUAGACGUUUUGUCGUAAUGUAGGGCCAUUUAACUUUAGUGUGGGAUUCUGUAAUGGAGGGUUCUGAUGUCAUGUUUUGAAAUGACGGAUUAGGUGCUGAAGAGAAGAUAUCUCAUUAAUUGUCUAAAACAGCAAAUUGUAUCUGUUGUAUCAUCUCUACUGAAUGUAUGCUACAUUAUGAAAGCCACAUGAUACGAUUCAA